AGCGCACCUGUUCAGAUGGAAGCCUCCAUUGGGCAGGGAGGUGAAGGGGACAAGCCAGUGGAGAAGGGGACGGAUGCACCUUGCCUAGAGAGGAGCUCCAGGACCACCCCAGCCAGACACUUACUUGUGUGCCACGCCAAGGGCCUGGGCCAGGACACCUUCAAAAUUUGUAAGGAAUACCUAAGGCCGCUGAAGAAGUUCCUGCGAAAGUUGCACCUGCCCAGGGACCUGCCGCAGAAGAAGAAGCUAAAGUACAUGAAGAAGAGCCUGGUGGUCCUAGGGGACCACAUCAACACCUUUCUGCAGCACUACUGCCGAGCCUGGGAAACCAAGCACUGGCGCAAGAUGCUCUGGCGAUUUGUCUCCCUCUUCUCAGAACUGGAGGCGAAGCAGCUUCGCAGGCUCUACAAGUACACCAAGAGCAACCAGACGGCCAAGUUCCUGGUGGCAUUUUGCCCCUUGGACACCCCGGAGAGCUCCCUGGUGGCCGGCCAGGACAGCCUGCCCAAGCUCUGCACUGCCUGGGGGCUGCACAGACACCUCAGCGGCAUGAAGGAGAGGCUAUUCAAGAUGCAGGCCCUGGGCCCUGAGGCCUCCCUGCUGGGGGAGCUGAGAGCUGGGGGCCACUUCGGGACAGGUUUGUUAAGAAAACAUCCUCAAAACCCAAAACUCAAGAGAAAGAGGAUUAAGGAAGCCCCAGAAAGCCCAGAGACCUGCCCAUAA